ACCCACUCUACUACGCACACAAGGGCUGUUCACAUAGAUAUCGUCAAAGUACGUUUCUCCUCGACUUGAGUCAGGCAGCGGAUAUCUAGUAGUGAAGGUUAGUUUUUCAAAAAUCAUCAGGAAAUUAAAUAGCUCAAUAGUCUCAGUAAAAUAAAUAGAUAUACGAAAUUAAUUUACUAAAUUACUAACUGUCAAAGGCUAUUUAGAUUCCACAUCCCGCGCGCGCCGAAAUCUAGUGGUUAGGGCGGGCUGCAUAGACUUGAAGAAGGUUAAAAGCCGAUUUUCAUCUUUAACUUCAUUGUUGCUGUGUGUGGAUGUUCCUUCAUUCACCUACCGUGGCUAUAUCACAAUGGGCGUUCUGACAGGCUGCUUAAUUCACCGAAGCCAGACGAAUUGUAGCAAAACUAGUCUUCUGAGAGGAUAGCAAUAGCUCCACCCACUCUCCACCUCGUUCCCUUUAACUUGUAGCUGUUCCUAGAAGAGCAAGUCAGUUCUUACUUGCUGUUUCUGAGCACUAGUAUUGAAAGGGUGUGGGUUGGUCUGGGGGCUAUAGCAAGAAAUAUCACUAACACUAGUACCUCAAUUCUAAGUUAUUCCAGUUUGCUGCUGUGGAAAAAGAUUGCCUACCAAAUUUAGUAGACAUUCCCUGUAAGAUUGUGAAAUCAUCAUACUUGUAUCUUGAAGGAGAAAAUUUAAAAAAAAAAUUUGCACAAUGGUUUCACCAACUAUCACCUCAGUUGCCCUGGUGACCAUGGCACUGGCCAGUCAAGCAGGCGUGGAGGGCUACCUCUGGCUGCUUAUAGUAGGCUUCAUCAUUGCCUUCGUCCUCGCCUUCUCUGUGGGUGCCAAUGACGUGGCCAACUCGUUCGGCACCGCUGUGGGGUCCGGGGUCGUGACCUUGAGGCAGGCCUGCAUCUUGGCCACGGUGUUCGAGACGCUCGGCUCGGUGCUCCUGGGAGCGAAGGUCAGCGAGACGAUCCGCAAGGGCAUCAUCGACGUGAACAUGUACAACGGCUCUGAACACGUGCUAAUGGCUGGGUCUGUCAGUUCCAUGUUUGGUUCUGCAGUGUGGCAGUUGAUGGCCUCGUUUCUCAAGCUGCCCAUAUCUGGAACCCACUGCAUUGUGGGUGCGACCAUCGGCUUCACAUUGGUGGCCAGGGGUCAUGUAGGGGUCAAAUGGAUCGAGCUCUUGCGUAUUGUUGCUUCCUGGUUUCUCUCGCCACUUCUCUCUGGUAUCAUGUCGGGCGUUCUCUUCUACUUUGUCCGCAUGUUCAUCCUGCACAAGAAAGACCCGGUGCCCAAUGGCCUGAAAGCUCUGCCUGUGUUCUACGCGGUCACAAUGGGUAUCAACCUGUUCUCCAUCAUGUUCACUGGAGCGCCGAUGCUGGGCUUCGAUAAGAUUCCAUGGUGGGGCACGCUGCUCAUCUCCAUCGGGUUCGCCAUCCUGACGGCCCUCUUCGUCUGGUUCGUUGUUUGUCCUCGCCUCAGAAAGAAGAUUGACCGGGAGAACAAGUCCUCCAGCCCAUCUGAGAGUCCCCUAAUGGAGAAGCGUGAGUUGGCCACGUGCCCCAUCCUGAAGGCUGUGCCAGAGGAGCCCGCCACCCCUGUUCAGGCCCCACCCCCGGCUGAGGAGCGUCGUGUCACCUUCAACAUCGGAGACUCGGACGACCCCGACUACAAAGAUAAGGAUGUGGAGACCAACACCAACAACGUCCAAAAGACGGUUCACGUCCAGUUCAACAAUAGCUCUGGUCCGACUCACAUCCCCAGCAAUGGCUACAGCCAGUAUCACACAGUGCACAAGGACUCUGGCCUCUACAAGGACCUGCUGCACAAGCUACACCUGGCUAAGGUGGGCGACUGCAUGGGCGAGGCUGGUGAGAGGCCUAUCCGCCGCAACAACAGCUACACUUCCUACACCAUGACCAUCAUCGGCAUGCACAGCGAGUUCAAGCCCCGCGAGUCCGAGUUCAGGUCCGUGGGCGCCGGCGACGAGAUCGGCGACAAGCCCGGCGCAGGCCAGGAGCGCAAGCGCGUGCGCAUGGACAGCUACACGAGCUACUGCAACGCGGUAGCGGAGCACGGCGCACCGCUCGAGGAGCUGAGCGAGGGUGAUGUGGCGCUCACACUGCCCGAGGAGGAGGAGGACGCCGGCAGCAGCCACAGCUCGCUGGAGGAGCCAGAGGCCGACCGACCCGAAGUUUCCACGCUCUUCCAGUUCCUGCAGAUCCUCACCGCCUGCUUCGGCUCCUUCGCACAUGGAGGCAAUGACGUCAGUAAUGCAAUCGGUCCUCUGGUAGCGCUGUGGCUGGUGUAUGAGAGCGGCUCGGUGGUGUCCAACAACCCCACCCCCAUUUGGCUGCUGCUGUACGGAGGAGUGGGCAUCUGCUUUGGACUCUGGGUGUGGGGACGACGGGUCAUCCAGACCAUGGGCAAAGACCUCACCCCAAUCACCCCCUCUAGUGGUUUCAGUAUUGAGCUUGCUUCAGCCGUCACUGUGGUUGUUGCCUCCAACAUCGGUCUGCCUGUUUCCACUACUCACUGCAAGGUGGGAUCUGUGGUGGCAGUCGGCUGGCUUCGCUCACGCAAAGCGGUAGACUGGCGUCUGUUCCGCAACAUCUUCAUGGCGUGGUUUGUGACGGUGCCCAUCUCCGGUCUCAUCAGUGCUGCCAUUAUGGCCCUCUUCACCUACGUCAUCCUUCCUUCCUCCUAAUACCCCAUCAGAGGAGGAGAGAAGAGGGGGACCAAGCCACCCACAGUGAGGGAGUGUGGAGUGAGGUGCAGAGAAAAAGGAGGAGUGGCAUGGAGUGGAGUGAGGCAAGCUUAGUGCUGCUUCCAUUAUUCCCCCCAUUAUAUAUUUUGGAGAGAGUAAUUGAGGAGGGAGGGGAAAAAAAACAAACGGGGUAAAAAAAAUAAAGAAAACCCUUUUGACGGAGCCCCUGGGGUUCCUGGCUGCAGCAUUCCCGGUUGGCACACAGUCGGCAGUUCUGAGCACGCUCAGUUCACCCGCCAGGGCUGACGCGCCAUGGGAACCGCUCUUUUUCAGCUUUCUGUUUCUUUUCUUUUGCCAUCUUUCUGUAGACUUUGCUCUAUCGUUGCCAUCUUAAUGCCCAUUCAUUGUACAUAGCUAAUCUUUACAAAACAAAAAAGGAAGACAAUUGAUUCAUUUUUAUAUUGUAAUUAUGUACAUAUUUUUUUUUCCCUCAUUUUCCUUUUCUUUUUUUUUUUUUUUUUUUUUUUUUUUUUUUACUGUUCUACAAGUUUGACAACCACAUGAACAAUUUCAAUGCAGUAUUAGCCUUCACUGAUGGAGACACACAUUGGCCCAGAGGCAUAGGUGAGCAGUAUUUGGGUUUCUCAAAAAAAACAAAACGAGGUAGUUUACAGCAACUGGGCUUUUUAAGUACAGUGGAGCGCAACACAGUGCUGUUUGUUUGUUUGUUUGUUUGUGCGUGUGUGUGUGUGUGGGUGGUGGUGGUGGUAGGAGGUUCUACGAGCCAAGUCUAGCAGAAGAGUCUCAUUGGGUCUGUGUAGAAAGAUUCCUCUUAAGAGGAAACCAGCACUGCACAUCUAGAAGAAGUUUGGGUUGCAACGACCGUACUGUCGAGGGUCGCACAGGUUCUGGAGAGACCAGACCAUUUUGUUUCUCUGUGACUGAGCUGAUCUUGUUCAUCUGAUAACACUACAAUGCAACAGCUCUAGACCUAGACCUCUCUACCAGUCUCCCACUGGGAAUGGUAUCCAUCUUGUUAUUCAGUAAUACUUUACAUGCAAGUUUAAAUAAAAAUGUAAAGACAAUGCAAAGAAAAACGCUUUUAAUUACUGUAAUCGAUGCAUCUAAAGCAGCAAGAUACUUGUAAAAGAGCUUGUUACUCUGAAGUAUAUCUUCAAAUCAUUUAACCAAAUUUAACCCACCAUUACUAAAAGCCUAAGGUAGAAACUUGCUAGUCAUGCUAUAGUCUAGUAAGGCUUAACCGCACAGUUUGGCUUUGUGCGUGUGUGUGUGUGCGAGCACUUAAACUUGGGUGGGCAGGAUUAGGUCUUUUUGUGUGUGUGUGUUUGUGUUUUUUUUUUUCUUUUUUUUUUUUUUUCUUUCUGUUGCCAUAACGCAGUUUU